AUGAAUUGCCCAUCAAAACUCAAAAAAUUGCGACAUGGCUCAAUGGCCUCAGAAAUACCCAAACAACUAUGGAAAAGAGCAUCUAUUCUAUUAAUGACCCAUUACUUCCAACCUGAGGUGAUACAAUAUAUGACUUACUAUCAAACUUCCAAUAUUUCAGUAAAUGCUAUCGGCGAAAUCCUAAAUCGCAAAACAUCUGUGGCCCAAAUCAUGUCAAAGACCGUUGAGGGCCUGAAUCAUGCGUACGAACUGCGCGAUUCAUGCCCAGAAGAUCUCAUUUUCGAUCUAUUCAAAAUGCCAAAUAAAGAUGAAGCCAGUAUCAGCAAACUGAUCAAGGUGUUAAAAUCAUUUGGUCUGCGAGAAUCUGAUCCUCGACUACGGCAUAUGAAUGAAAAAAUGAAAAGCUUUGAGGAAGAGGAUGACGAUGCCAGAAAUUUCCUUCUUACUAGGGACAAGUUCAAAGAAUGCAUCCAUCCAUCAGUACAACUUAUUUCGCAAGCACUCCGCAACCAUUUGAUAAUUCCUAGUUGGGGAGAGUUUUGCGGGCAAAUCAAAUCAAUCUAUGAAGAGUGCAAGUCGAUCAAGGAGGGAAAUGUAGCCACUUACAUUCCACAACUUGCUCGACAGAAUCCGGAUAUCUGGGGUUUGUCCAUCUGCACUAUAGAUGGUCAAAGGGUUUCAUUCGGUGACGCUAAAGUGCCUUUCUGCUUCCAAAGCGUUUCAAAGGCCUUUAACUACGCUAUAGUUUCGUCAGACUUAGGAGCCGACUUUGUGCAUUCAUAUGUGGGCCAUGAGCCAAGCGGGAGACUGUUUAACGAGAUCUGCUUGGACCAAAAUGGGAAACCUCACAAUCCGUUGAUUAACGCUGGGGCCAUAAUCGUAACUUCUCUAAUCCGCAAUCACUUGACCAUGGCUGAUCGAUUUGAUUUUGUUCUCAAUGAGUAUAAAAAAUUAGCUGGUGGAGAACACGUUGGAUUCAAUAAUGCCACAUUCCUUUCUGAACGAGACACUGCUGAUCGAAACUAUGCUCUAUCUUAUUACAUGAAGGAGAACAAAUGUUUCCCUCCGGGAACACAGGGUCUUCGAGAGGAAUUGGAU